AUGCGAGAGCGGGAAAAAGCUCUUGAAAUCUCCCCCACAGACUCUGAAGACUUCAAAGGUGCCGCAGUGCUUGAAGCGCAAAUUUUGAAUUCAAGAAGGCUUCUGCAAGAGCCCAAGGAAGCCUGGGUACACCUUCGGGAGCCUCUCAAGGAGCGGGUUAAUUCUUUGAAGACGAUCUAUGCAGGGACGCCCCGGCCCUCCAGAGGGCGCCCCAUCAUCAUCCAGGGACGCCCCGGUCCUCCAGAGGGCGCCCCAUCAUUAUCCAGGGACGCCCCGGCCCUCCAGAUGGCGCCCCAUCAUCUAGGGACGCCCCGGGCCUCCAGAGGGCGCCCCAUCAUCAUCCAGGGACGCCCCGGCCCUCCAGAGGGCGCCCCAUCAUCAUCUAGGGACGCCCCGGCCCUCCAGAUGGCGCCCCAUCAUCUAGGGACGCCCCGGCCCUCCAGAGGGUGCCCCAUCAUCUAG